AUGAUGCUGUCGACAUUCAUAAGUGAUUACACCGAAUAUCUAGGUGAAUCGUUUGCAUCGCGGACGUCUACUUUCAUGGAGAAUAACCCAGUCGGAAAUCUCGCACGCUUAGUUCUUGCUGUUGAUAGAACGCUUCAAGACAUUCAUAAGAGAGGCGAGGAGGACCAUCCCCUCUGGAAUGUACAAGGGAUCUAUCUGCUAGCGGACGAAUACGAUGCUUGCGCCAACGAUUAUAUGGAUCCGCACAAUCCAAGGUUAUGGUCCGAUGACGCACCCUUUCGUCUCUUGAAGGCAUUCUGGGCUAGUGUCAAAACUAGCCAGAGGUGGAGUUACGGUAUUAAAAAGGUAUACAUCACUGGCGUUACGCCUCUGCUUUUAAGCGACCUUGUCAGCGGUGCGAACAACCAAGAAAACGUCUCUUUCAGUCCAUUAUUUUCAACCAUUUGCGGAUUAACUCGAUCCGACGUACUAGGAGCACUAAGGGUUAUCUGCAACAAUGAGGAAGAGGUGCAAAAGAACCUGAGGGAAUUGGAACACAACGCCAAUGGCUAUCACUUCUGCCACAGACGGAGUGUAGAGCCGGUGUUUAACACUCAUACGGCUCUUUCAUAUCUUGAAGAAAUUAGGCAGGGAGAAAGACCUGAAGCUGGUGAAGCUCCAAACUCGGAGGUCUCUGAAAGCUUCUUGGAGGCUUGUGCAGGGGCACCUAGAGCUGUGGACGAGAUACAAUUAGCACUUCAAAAAGACGAACACGGCGCUUACCGAAAGAUUCCAUAUGACAAAGUGCUCCGCAGCUUCAAACUAUCCGAACUAAACCUCCAGGCUGCUAGUGAAGGCGACAUGUCUGCAUGGCGAUCCUUAAUGGUCUACAUGGGCGGUCUGACUUUUGAUAUGAAUGAUCCAUCGAAUUACUUGAAGAUACCUAACCUCAUAGCAGCGAAGAGGUUCGGAUUCGCGCUCCUUGAUCGACUUGGUUUAUACCAUUUUAUGAUCAAUGCUGUACAUACUCUUGCGAAAACUGGGAACCCAAAGGACGUACUGGCUGGGUACUGUCACAUGAUGCGAGAGCGUGAUGUCUUCGGAGACGCAUUUUUAAAGAAGGAGGAACACCACCGAGACAAUAUUCGGUGGGGUAUUCUACAAAACGACGCCAUGCAGUCUACACUUGAAUAUCAUGUUGCGAAGGUGAGUAACAGUCCAGGUUUUGUCGAUCUCCUCAUUACAGACAAUAAAAACCUCUACACCCUUGUCGAGUUCAAGAACAUCCAACUCCGCUACCUGGACCUGAGUGGAGAAGACAAUAUUGGAAAAGCGAAAGAACUCGAAGCCAUGAAGCUCAACGACAUUCUUAAACUGAAAUUCAAGGGCGACAAAUACCGAACAGGGAGCAUUAACAACUGGAUUGAUGGAAGAAGGUAUGGUCCGGUGUCUGGAAGUGUCCGCAGUCAGCUUCAGUCUUACGUUAUGGGGUCUACCGUCCAAAAGGAGAUUGCGGACAAAAGUUUCCGUGCUUUUGCGGUGGUGAUUGUUGGAUCACGCCAGAUACUUGUGAGGGAGAUGGAUAGGCAUGGCAAGUGGGUCAGCAAGUUUCAGCUUGUGAAUGGGAAUCACCUAGAUAAGAUGGUAGGGCCAGGGUCCAAAAGGAGACACUAG